AUGGACGGGACGAAGAGGAAGCAGGUUCUGGGGCCAGUUGACCAACCUGCAAAAAGGGUCAAAACACGAGAAAAAGCGGGAAACAAGCCUCAGAGCGGUGAUACUGUGAGGCAUGCUCUGCUGUCUCGGCUAUACCCAAAACUUCGAACCCUGCGCGAAUACGUUCUCGCGAAGUUGCCCCCGUCCUCGAGGCUCAGACGGAAGAAAAUUACGUCUGUCGGACUGCAAGACUCAACCCCCAAUGGAAGCUGUCCUUGUCCGGAUAUCGAACUUGCACUCGGCCACCUCCUUGACACAACCAUUGUUGGGUUCUACGACAACCCCCCUGCCAAGACCGAUAAUCGCUGGGAGCAGUGGGCCAACUUCUCUCAGAGAGGGGACGAAUCUUACGUGACACUUUCCGAUGGCACCGCUGGAGCCUUGUUUUCCCAGCGCGAGAUCGUGGACUUCGUCGUCUGGCUUCUCUUCUCAAGAGAGAAGAAGGCUAGUAACCGGCCGAGUCAUCUACUCUGUGAUGGUUUUCGGAGGGAUGUCAACCCCAGACCACACGGGCCACAGGGCAACAGAAGUUGCGAGAUCCCCGGCCUGUUUGCCCUCCAUCCAAAUCCCCAGGUGCACGCUCUGAAGGCCACGCCUUGGCCUCAACUUCUCACCCUUCUUGGAAAAGCUGGCGAGAGAGUGAUGAUCGACCUAUUGCUAGACUGCGGUGUCUUCAGUAAAGUUCUGGCCGGACCUGGUAACUACUGCCAGUUGAGCGGCAUACCAGUCUCAGAACUAGACUAUUGGUCAUCGCAAAACGCCGCUGAAGGGGCUGCUGCUUCCUCCCGCGGCGACACGACGCUUAAGAAGAGCGCGUGCCGCAACCCGUCGGCGAUAUCGUUCGUCAGGAGUCGGAUGCUCUACGCUAGGGCCGCACUCAAUGCCCGAGGUCUCGUCCACUUCGGCUUCAGGCAUAUCCACGUCCUCAACCGGUUCCCCAUAAAGACCCAGGCUGCGGCCGUUGUAGGCUCACCUUCGGAUGGCCCGGUGGAAGAGGCGAUUGCCGUGUGUGAGGAGUCAACACUUCGCGUCAUGAUGUACAUGUUCCCUCGCCAGUUUGGGCUUCACAAUGUUUUUACCUCGAAUGUUGAUCAUUCCCAGACGGCACAGAAGUUCCAGGACUACACCUUGCGUGAGGAAGAAAUCACAAACAAAUUCGCCGUUGUGGAGGAAGAUAAGCAACGGCUCAGAGCUCCAGGGCAGUUUGAGACGCGCCGAAGGGCGCGGGCAAGCGCUGGAAAGUUAACAUCCACGUCCACGUCCACGAAGUCGCAAAUUCGGCACGGAAAGUCUCGAAGGAAGUCCAAGCAAAUCUCGGCCUCUGUUCAUCCUCCAAAAUACUCUUCCCUUGUCGAUUUGGCGACGCCUGUUGCCCAUGUCUCGGCUUUCUGCCAGGCAGUCUUAUCAGCCAUCAUCCCCAAUGAUUUCUGGGGCAGCGGCUCUGUUCAAAUCGAGAACAAGGCUGCGUUCUUCAAGAACGUGGAUCGUAUGCUACACCUGCGGCGAUUCGAGCAGCUGUCUCUCCACGACGUGAUGCAAGGUCUGAAGGUGGGUUUCGCGCUUUACAACCCAGAGUCUCCGUUCAACGGCAUAUCUGACGUCCAGAGAGAAGAUUAUGGAUAUAGAAUGGCUCGCGCCUCCUGCUUUGAAGAAUCAAAAGAGUUCGUGUACGGACACAACCAAGCGGGUUGA